ACGGUGGGAAGAAGUCAAAUCAUCUCGAGACGGUCGGCGGAGUGACAAGAUGGCGGAUUGAGUGGGUUGCUUUUCUGGGAGGAAAAGGCGACUUAAAUAAUACAAAUAUAUCGAAGGAAGAAGAUUGGGUUUUGUUUGUGGGUGAUAUUGGACUUUCGUCAAACAAAGGGAAGGCAUCGCCCUUCAACGGAGGCGGUGAAUGAAGGAAGGGCUGUUGUCGAAUUGCGAGUUCUGCUUGUGUCCUUUCGAUUUCUCGCUAGCAGGCUAGCUAGCUAACUCGAAACUGGAAAUACUGGACUUAUCCCAUCCGCCUGGAGCCUUUUUGGGAACUUCGAUGUUUUGUUCAAUCUCGACGGGUUCCAUCGUCGACCAAUGAUAUCGAUGCUUUGUUUUCAAAAAUAUAAUUUGCUAGUUACUUGGUUGUAGUUAUAGAACAAGCUAGCUAGGUCGUGUGCUAACGCUAGCUGGCUACAUUGUUUCAAGUGAAUCGUCCACGACCAACAAGGACUGGAUGUUCUGACUACUACAAGGCCUACGGGAAGCAUCUCUUCAAUCCCACAUCAUUUUAACCUGAUCGAGUGUGUCUUGCUCGUGAUUUGAGGACAUGGCAAGCAGCAGCGGCUCUAAAGCCGAAUUCAUAGUCGGUGGGAAAUAUAAGCUUGUUCGAAAAAUCGGAUCUGGCUCGUUUGGUGAUAUAUACCUGGCGAUCAAUAUCACAAAUGGAGAGGAGGUAGCAGUUAAGUUGGAAUCCCAGAAGGCCAGGCACCCGCAGCUGUUAUAUGAAAGCAAAUUGUACAAAAUACUUCAAGGUGGCGUGGGAAUUCCUCAUAUCAGGUGGUAUGGGCAGGAGAAAGACUACAACGUCCUAGUGAUGGAUCUGCUCGGCCCCAGCCUGGAGGAUCUGUUCAACUUCUGCUCGCGCAGGUUCACAAUGAAAACCGUUCUCAUGCUCGCAGAUCAGAUGAUCAGCAGAAUUGAAUACGUGCACACGAAAAACUUCAUCCACAGAGAUAUCAAGCCAGACAACUUUUUAAUGGGCAUCGGUCGCCAUUGUAACAAGUGUUUAGAAACUCCAGUGGGGAAGAGGAAGAGAAGCUUGGCUGUUAGUUCCUCUCAGGACUCGUCUUUCUCAGGAUUAAACCAGUUGUUCCUCAUCGACUUUGGUUUGGCCAAAAAAUACCGGGACAACCGGACACGACAGCACAUACCCUACAGAGAAGACAAAAACCUCACCGGCACAGCUCGCUACGCCAGUAUCAAUGCACAUCUUGGCAUUGAGCAGAGUCGCCGAGACGACAUGGAGUCGCUAGGAUACGUGCUCAUGUACUUCAACAGGACCAGCCUGCCGUGGCAGGGACUGAAGGCUGCCACAAAGAAACAGAAGUACGAGAAGAUUAGCGAGAAAAAGAUGUCGACGCCGGUGGAGGUGUUGUGUAAGGGUUUCCCAGCCGAAUUCGCCAUGUACCUGAACUACUGCCGUGGGUUGAGGUUUGAGGAGGCGCCAGACUACAUGUACUUGCGUCAGCUCUUCCGCAUUCUCUUCAGGACUCUGAACCACCAGUACGACUACACGUUCGACUGGACCAUGCUGAAGCAGAAGGCAGCCCAGCAGGCGGCCUCCUCCGGGGGCCAGGGGCAGCAGGCACAAACCCCCACAGGCAAGCAAACUGACAAACCCAAGAGUAACAUGAAAGGUUUCUGAGCAUUAUGACAAUGAAUCGAAGCGGAGCAGAGACGUCACGGCCGUAGCAGGAUCUGAUCUGCCCUCCACUCACAUCCCGGCAUCUAGGAUCAAAUUCACCAGACCCUGCCUGGACUUGUGGUGUGGGGGCAACCCUUUCCUGUUAUAAAAAAGUGAACAUGUGUUGUUCCAUAUACUAUAUAUGUAAUCGGUAUAUAUAGAUAACAUGCUCAGCAUAUAUCUAUAUAUUGGUAUGUAUAUACUAUAUUCACACAAGAGAGAGCUGGCUUGGUAUGGAGUUCAAAAAGCUGUAGCCUUUUUCUAUUGUCCUGUCCCCUGGAGACUUUUUUUUCUUGUGUUUUAUUCAAAACUUGCAAAGGAAAAAAAAUGUUAAGAGAGAAAUGGUUGACUCACAGAGGAUCUAAUUGUGCACAUGCCAAUGUUUUCCCUGGGCUCGCUCCUUCAGGGCGCGGCUGGUGGGAGACGGAAGCAGGGCUUUCCUCACCUGUCAGCUGCCUAGUAACCUGGCAGCAGCGGUUACCACCCCUCAACCCCAACACCACAGUCAAAUCCACGCGGCUCCACCUAAAACACCUUCACUUCUGAGAUUAAAUGUUUUCUUUCUUUCUUUUUUUUUUCUUUUCCUUUUAUUUCUUUUCUUUUUUUUUACAUCCUGACUUAAAAUGAGAACAUGUAAACUUUAAAAACCUCUGUCGCAGAUGAAUCCUGGGUGUUACUAAGCAAAAACAUUGGGUUUCUUUUUUUUAAUUAAAAAAGAGGUAAUUAAAAAUUCUGCCUGCUGAUAUGUGCUAGAAAAGCUUCUGAUGUGAAGAAAAAAAUUCUAGUGACUACUAGGUUUCUCUUUAGAACGCUGCAUUAACUCUAUUGUACUUGGUAUUCUGAAGUCUAAAAAAAAAGAAAAGAAUAAAAAAAUAAACUCCACGAAAGCAUAUUCAUUACAAAUUAGGCAUCUCAACUAAACCUAUAUGUUAAUUGCUUAGAUGAAAUUGUAUGCAUCUAUGGUAUUGUUUUCCCUCUCAUUUGGAAGAAAUGGAUGUUUCAGCGCUGGGUGUACCAAGUCAUCCUGUCUUCAUUUGAUUUGCAGCACUGGGCCUCCAUAGUCUUGUUCUGUUCUGAGACGAAUGUGCUCACAUCACUCCACCCCUCCCCCGUUAUCAUUUUUAUAUGCAUAUAUAUAUACACACUUUUUUAUCAGAGGAAAAAAAAUACUUUUUCAGUUUUAUAGAGUUGUCUUUCCCUGUUUUGAAUUGAUCAUUUGGGGAAAGGGUGUUUUUUGUUGCUUCCUCCUGCACUGAAGGAGAUCCUCUUGUAAAAUAUCUCUGGGACUUUCUCUGCUAAAACUAAAUUUGUUUUCACUCGGCUGCUCUUUAGAAGUAGCAAACUUUUGCUUUUUUUCUGUUUUAGUCUUUUUUUAUCACAAGGAAAAAUAAGCUGAGAGUUCCUUUUCUAUAUAUUUUGGGGCUCUUGUAAAAGACCCUUCAUGAGUUUCUCUCAGCUUCUAGUCACAAACAACCAGAUGCACAGCAGUAACUUGGCUCUCCUGUUUUUUUUCUCCUUAUUAUCCCCUCUGACCCAGCUUACAGCAUUUACUGCUGGACAUUCUAUUAAAAAGUGUAAUUUAUUCCCUUUUAGCAUGUCAGAACAAAUUAAAAUGACUUCUCAGAACCACUGUCCAGUGUCCGUACUUUGAAGGAAAGAAAAAACAAAUUCUGUUCUGUUAUUGGGCCAUAAAAACUUUUUUUUUGUCUCAUUUGUUUCAGUCUGUUUAUCUCAAGUGAUUACGCAGUUCAGACAUUGGGGGGGGGUCAUGAUGAUAUUGAGAGAAUGAAUGCUUUUGGUCCAGAGAAAUGUUAUUUUUCCCCCGAAAGCCUUUUCUUUGCCAGAUACACAGGGGUGGGAUUUUGAAAUGGUCUGAAGGUGUAUGUGUUAUCUAGAUCAGUUCAUGUCGACUGAUUGUAGGGGUGGUGGGUAGUUGUAGGUGCUUGUGGUGGUGAUGUUAAUGGGAUUUAUAUCUGUAAAUAUUAAAGGCUUCAAGUGGC